AACCAAAUAAAAAUAAACCCGAUUUCAAAAAUAUUCAGUGCUGAAAAAUUCAGUAAAGCUGGUGUUAAUUAGUGUGUUUUUGCCGAAGUGAAGUUGGCUGCGAUUUAUACCACUUCCUUUUCCGUGUUAGCUGUGAGAGAAAAAACAUGCCGCUAGCAAAAGAUCUUCUGCACCCUCUGCCCGCUGAGGAGAAGCGCAAGCACAAGCUGAAGCGCCUGGUCCAGCACCCCAACUCGUACUUCAUGGACGUGAAGUGCCCCGGCUGCUACAGGAUCACCACCGUCUUCAGCCACGCCCAGGGCGUUGUGGUCUGCGCCGGUUGCGCCACCAUUCUGUGCCAGCCUACUGGAGGACGCGCUAAGCUGACAGAAGGCUGCUCGUUCCGCAGGAAGCCGCAGUAAAAUGGGACUCGCGAUGAACCACAAAUUAUUAAUUUUUUAAUAAAAUCUAAAACGUAAAGAUACCACAGAA